CGCCUACUUCCGGCCUGUGCUCUUCCUUUUCCUGUUCUCAAGAUGGCAGACACGAAGACACUGCCGAAGGUUCCAGAGACGCUUUUGAAAAAGCGAAAACUGCGGGCCGAGGCUAAGGCCAAAGCUGUUAAAGCUGCUGUAGCAAACACAAAGAAACAAAAGCAGAAAAGAGUACUGUUCUUCAAACGUGCUGAGAAAUAUGUGCGGGAAUACCGUGCCCGUGAAGCUGACCUGCUGCGUCUAAAGCGUCAGGCAAGGAAAGUUGGCAACUUCUAUGUACCUCCAGAGCCUAAACUGGCUUUUGUGGUGAGAAUUCGAGGUAUAAAUGGUAUCCAUCCACGUCCUCGCAAAGUGCUGCAACUGUUCCGUCUGCGACAAAUCAACAAUGGUGUCUUUGUGAAGCUCAACAAAGCAACACUAAACAUGCUGAAGAUUGCAGAACCUUACGUAGCAUGGGGUGUACCCAACUUGAAGACAGUGCGUGAACUCAUCUACAAACGUGGCUAUGGUAAAGUGAAUCACCAGCGUAUCCCGCUGACAGAUAAUGCGCUCAUUGAGAAAUAUCUUGGUUCCAGAGACAUCCUGUGCAUGGAGGACCUGAUUCACGAAAUCUUCACAGUUGGUCCCAACUUCAAGGUUGCCGCUAAUUUCCUCUGGCCUUUUAAACUCAACACACCGAAUGGUGGAUGGAGGAGAAAGUACAACCACUUCAAUGAUGGUGGUGAUUUUGGAUUCCGGGAUGAGAAGAUAAACGCUCUACUGAGGAAUAUGAUUUAAUUCACACGUCAAGAUUCUUGUGCUUUGGAGAUUUGACAAUAAAGUACUGGAACUGUCAA